UCGAGCUGAAGUCACAACAAAGAUGGUGGGAUGGAGAAACGCCGUUCAAGAAGCCGCCGCUUCCAAACCGCUAUUCGUGACCAUAUACACCACCGUCAUCGUGGGGAUAGUGGCGUCUUCAUUUUAUGUGUUCUCCGCCAUUUACUCUCCUUCCGCUUCCACUACUCACUCCAUCUCAACUUCUUGGCUUUCCUCCCCUCCUCUCUCCCAAGAUGGUGUAUCUCAUUCAAGCAACAGCAUUUCUCAACCAACAGGAAAAGCAUCACAACCUGGUAGCAACCAGUUGAGACCUAUUUUGGUGGCUCCACCUAGUACUUCGAAAAUGCCAUCUUUGGAGUCCUUUAGACUAACAAAAGGAUUGGUUGGAGAAAGGGCGGAAGAUAAUGUCAUUAUAGUCACCUUUGGUAACUUUGCUUUUAUGGAUUUUAUCCUCACUUUUAUGGAUUUUAUCCUCACUUGGGUUAAACACUUGGCGUAUCUUGGUGUAUCUAAUUUUCUUGUUGGUGCUAUGGACACCAAACUGUUGGAGGCUUUGUAUUGGAAAGGUGUUCCAGUCUUUGAUAUGGGCAGCCAUAUGAGCACAAUAGAUGUUGGUUGGGGCUCUCCUACAUUUCAUAAAAUGGGAAGAGAGAAAGUAUUACUUAUAAAUUCUAUACUUCCUUUUGGUUAUGAGCUAUUGAUGUGUGAUACGGACAUGGUGUGGCUCAAGAAUCCACUUCCAUAUCUUGCCCGGUACCCUGAUGCUGACAUAUUAACUUCAAGUGACCAAGUUGUGCCAACAGUUGUUGAUGACAGAUUGGCUGAUUGGAAACAAGUUGGUGCUGCCUACAAUAUAGGAAUUUUUCACUGGCGGCCAACUGAGCCAGCGAUAAAACUGGCAAAAGAAUGGAAAGAUAUGCUAUUAUCUGAUGAUAAGAUAUGGGAUCAGAAUGGAUUUAAUGAACUUGUACGCAAGCAGACAGGGCCAGCCAUUGAUGAUGAGAGUGGACUUUUUUAUGCUUUUGAUGGAAAUCUCAAGCUGGGAAUUCUACCAGAAAGUAUAUUUUGUAGUGGGCACACUUAUUUUGUUCAGGCCAUGUAUGAACAACUUAGGCUGGAGCCAUAUGCAUUGCACACCACAUUCCAAUAUGGUGGUACUGAAGGGAAGCGUCAUCGACUACGGGAGGCCAUGGUUUUCUACGAUCCACCAGAGUACUAUGAUGCACCGGGAGGAUUCUUGUCAUUUAAACCUUCUAUUCCAAAGAGCCUGUUACUGGAUGGGGAGCAUAAUCUAGAAUCACACUUCUCUCUUAUUAAUUACCAAAUGAAACAAAUAAGGUCGGCAUUUGCUAUUGCUUCAGUGUUGAACCGUACACUGGUUAUGCCUCCAUUAUGGUGCAGGUUUGAUAGACUCUGGUUUUCACAUCCUGGAGUUUUGCAGGGGUCAAUGACCAGGCAACCUUUUCUCUGCCCUUUGGACCAUGUUUUUGAGGUAAAUGUCAUGUUGAAAGACCUUCCAGAAGAGGAGUUUGGUUCUGCAAUUAACAUCAGAGAGUAUUCUUUUCUCAACAAUCCAUUAUUACCCCAACAAGUAAAAGACUCAUGGCUUGAUGUUCAACUUUGCCAAGAAGGAACUGAAGAUUGCCAUGCAUCAAGUAACUCAAGUCGAUCAGAUGUUUUAAGAUUCCCGAAAAACAGCACCGAAGAAAUGUUCGCAACAGUGUUCUCUUCAUUCAAGGAUGUCAAAGUCAUCCAAUUCUCGUCAAUGCAAAACGCUUUUCUCAGUUUCGCCAACAAGGCAAGAGAGGAGAAAUUCAGGAACCGGAUGAAGCGGUACGUCGGUAUAUGGUGCUGCGUUGAGAACCACACUCCCGGACACAUAUAUUACGACAUGUUUUGGGAUGAAAAACAAGGUUGGAAACCUGCCCCACCUGUAACCCCAGAAGAGGAUCAUCCUCCUUUCUAAGAACCUCAGCAGCAACAUUUGGAGUA